ACUCAUUUAAAAAGGAGUAUUAAAAUGUAUUUUGAUAACUUUAAAACAAUUAACAUUUUAUAUGGUAAUUAAGUUAAAAAGAUAAUUUAGAAAGCAUUAAAAAUGUCGUGACUGUGGUUGAUGAGUGCACAAAUGUUGAAAUGUAUGUUUUCUUGUAUACAUUGUUCAAAAGCAUUCAAUACAGACGAGUGAAGGCGAGAGCUGCGUCAUAUGUGUUUCUUAAACCUUCUCCCGUUACUUUUCCCCUUUUUAAGGGUACAACACAUGCGGUUCAGCAUCUUCUCCAUCCUCCUCCUGAGCGUCCUGUACCUCACACUGGCACAAGAUGAGACCUGCUGUCUGCAAUACAUUAAGAAAGUUCAAAUGUCCAUGAAGAACAGAGUGACCAGCUACAGGAAACAAGAGCUGGAUGGACGCUGCAACAUCCCCGCUGUUGUCUUCACAUUGGAAGACGGAAGUGAUUUUUGCACUGAUCCCAGAGAAAAAUGGGUCCAAGUCCUUCUGUGGAGGGUGGACCGACUGUCAGGAGGGUCAUCUUUGAUAAGGAAAGUGCGAAGUGUCAGAUCCAGACGUAGGCCAUCUUUGCAUGGGUCUGGUGCAUCACAAAAAAGUGUUCAGCGUCCGAGGGCCCAGCAGCCAAAGAAGUCUCAGAAGAAUAAAAUAGACAAUCGAUAUUUAUUCAAUCAGAAGCAGCAGCCUUACAAGAGUCAGCAAAUACCUAAGUUUGCUCCUAAUAAACAAAUAGAUAUACAACUGAAUGUAUUUUUAAUUGUAUUUCUAUUUUUAUUAUCUAUUGCUUGCACUUAAUUUGUAUGUUCAAAUUUAUCUAGAAAAAAAGAUAAACAUUGUUAAUUGUGUGAGUCCUUUUGUUUUUUGACUUCUGUCAGUUAAAUUCUAAAUGUUACUCAAAAAUAAGUCAUAAACGAAGGAAAUAAAUAAAUAAAAUUUUUGUUCCAUUUUCAUUCAUUUUAAUUUUAAACUGAUGCUGCAACAAGCAAUUUUCGGUUUGUAUCAAUUAUAGCGUAUUUUACACACAGUUUCAGGAUCUCAUUGGUCAAGGAUAACACAAUAACACAAAACAUUUCCCAGUUACACUUUAUUUUAAGGUGUCCUUGUUACAGAGUAUUAAUUAACCAUGUAGCCUACUUACUAUAGGGAUUUACACAAUUAUGCAUAAUGAAUUGUUAUUAUAAUUUUCAGUGUAAUAUCUCAUAUUAAAAUAGCUUUUAAAAGAUGGACAUGAGUCACACGAAAUGGGAGACAUUUGGCUAACAACGUCAUUGUUUUGUUUUGAAUGAGGUUUUAUUUUUAUAUUAUCAUUUUCGUUUAAUAAUUAGUUUUUAUUUUAGUUUUAGUAAUUAUAUUUGUUAUUUUAUUUCAGUCAGUUACCAAAGUGUGUGUGUGUGUGUGUGUGUGUGUGUG